UCACAGUGUUUUAAACGAAACGAAAGUUAAAAUUAAGGCGCGAAACCACCAUAAUAUGUUUUCCCCUUUGGGGUGAAGCGUCUCCACUGUUUUUUUGUUAAGGAGUUACAGAAUCACAGCUCAUUGACGUGUCUCCUGGACGAGUCAUGGCUUCCCCCAGCAGUGUCCUGUACGAAGACCAGCUUUUGUGCUCCAUCUGUCUAGAUGUGUUCACUGAUCCAGUUUCUACUCCAUGUGGACACAACUUUUGCAUGCUCUGUCUCGGAAAGUGCUGGGACACCAGUCUAUACUGCAACUGUCCAAUAUGUAAAGUGGAUUUCCCCAGAAGGCCCGAGCUUUGUGUCAAUACGUUCAUUUCUGAAUUGGCGGCUCAGUUUAAGAAGUCAGUUCAGGUAAAAUCCAGCCAUGAUGCACAUCCACUUUUCUCCUUGGAUACCAAGGUUCUAUGUGACUUCUGCACUGAGCAAAAGCUGGAGGCCGUAAAAUCCUGUCUGCACUGCGGCGUUUCUCUCUGUAGCACUCAUCUGCUGUUUCAUAAAACUACAGUGAAAUUCAAAAACCACAAACUAAUCGACGCUGUGGAGAACCUGGAGGAAUACAUCUGCCAGAAACAUGAGAGACCCCUGGAGCUGUUCUGUAGAGAUGACCAGAGGUGUGUUUGUCAGUUCUGCACCGAGGGAGACCACAAAACUCACAACAUCGUUCCUAUAGAGAAGGAAAGUGUUGUGAAGAAACGUCAACUCGGGGAGAGACAAGCAGAGGUUCAGCGGAUGAUCCAGAACCGACUAAAGAAGAUUGAAGAAGUUACAAAAUCUUUAAAACUCACUAAGAUGAACACAGAAAAGGAGAAAGCAGAAAGCAUGAAGGUGUUAAAUGCUCUGAUACGCUGCGUUGAAAAAAGUCAGGCUGAGCUCCUUAAAAUGAUGGAGGAGAAGCAGAAAGCAGUCGAAAGGCAGGCGGAAAACCUCAUUAAAGAGCUGGAACAGGAAAUUUCUGAACUGAGGAAGAGAAACAACGAGAUGGAGAAGCUCUCUAACACUGAUGAUCACCUCCAUCUCCUGCAGAUUUACCCGUCACUGCGCAGCCUUCCGCAUACCCAGGACUGGACCGAUAUCACAAUUACCUCUCAACUGAGUGUUGAGACUCUGAGGACUCAGCUUCAGGAGUCUCUCAGUAAAGAAAUGGAGAAGUUUCCCGAGAUUAAACUGAAGAACAUUCAACAGCAUGCAGUGGCGGUGACUCUGGAUCCUAAUACAGCGAAUUUUUACCUCACGUUGUCUGACGAUGAGAGACAAGUGACAUGCGGACUCUGGCGAUACAAACUGCCAGAUAACACAGAGAGGUUUAAUUAUUGCGCAUGUGUCCUGGGAAAGGAGGGAUUCUCCUCAGGUAGAUUUUACUAUGAGGUAGAGGUCAGGGGGAAGACUGAGUGGGAUUUGGGUGUGGCCAGAAAGUCUGUUAACAGGAAAGGAAAAAUUACACUCACCCCAGGGAAUGGGUACUGGUGUGUUCUGCUGAGGAAUAUGACUGAAUAUAAGGCUGGUUUAUCUCCCCUUGUUCCCCUGUCCCUAAAACAGGCUGUUCAGAAGGUAGGGGUGUUUGUUGAUUAUGAGAAGGGCCUGGUCUCAUUCUAUGAUGUUGAAACCAAGUUUCAUAUCUACUCUUUCACUGGUCAGUGUUUUACUGAGGAUCUCUAUCCAUAUUUCAGCCCUGGUCCUAAUGAUAAAGGUAUAAACUCAGCACCACUGGUCAUAACACCUGUUAAACAUUUGAAGCAAUAGUUUGUUCAUUAGAGGGUCACGUUUGUCCUGAGCUGCACAAAUUAUUUUUCAAAAGAAUUCAAUUUCAUAAAAUGUGUACAAUAAUUACUGUUAUUGUAACGGCAUCUGGUGUUGGUUUAUAAAUCUACGUUGCCUUAUCACAAUAAAAAUAUUACUAAGUAAGAAAGUGUAUUUGCUUUCAUAGAAUGAUAUAUUUGUACACCUAAAUGUGAAUCUAUUCCCAAGAUUACAAGUAUAUUCUGGAUAGUGUUUUAUUGAAAUUACAUUAAACUAGAGCAAUGAUGGCCAUUUCUAAUUUAAUAUAUAACAACAUUUUUAAAAAUUCAACAGGACCGCAUUCUACGAGCAGAUUUUAGGUCUGAUAGACUAAUAAACAAGUAAAAUACAAACUGACUCUCACUGCUGAUGCUAUAAAUUUGAAGGUUUUUGUUUUUUAUUUUAAA